AUGUCCGCUUCUCCAGGGCCUUCGCGUGCUCAAGUUUUGGCGCUUUACAAGCAGUUCAUCAAAAAUGCAAAUGGUUUCAAUAACUACAACUACCGCGAGUAUUUCUUGCGCAAGGCCAGAACAACUUUCAGAAAAAACAGAGCUCUAGAGGACCCAGCUACCAUCAGUGCUGCGUGGGACACUGCGCUCAAAGACCUGGGCGUACUUAAAAGACAGUCCGUCAUUUCGCAGAUGUACACUUUCGACAAGCAGGUGGUGGAGCCUUUGGAUCCAAAGCACCACUCGAGGGGUUGA